AUGGAUCCGCCGCACCCUGCGCACCACCAGCAGCACCGGCUCCACCUCCGUCUCGAUCCCGGCCACCACCACCACAUCCACAUCCAACUCUGCCACCACACCGCCCACCUCCUUCCCGCCGCCGCCUCUUGUGCCCACUUCCAGCAGCAGCACCAGCAGUCGUUGGUUCCUCCCCACUCGCUGUUCCCCUACCCGCCGAGCGCGGCGCCUUGGCACCCGGAAGGAGGACCAAUCGCCGGACUGCAGGUAGAGGCGGCGAGGAAGUCGGAGGAGCCGGCCCUGCAGGCGGAACAAGAAGAUGUUUAUCUAGAAGGGGAAGAGGAGGAGGAGGAGGAGGAGCCGGUGUUCGUGCUGACGGACGAGUGGGCGGAGUUCUUCGCCAAGGCCGACGCCAAGAGGAAGCUGGCCAAGCAGCAGAAGAAGAAGGAUCGGAAGAAGUAGCCAG